GCAUUACACAGCAGGCCGCCACCCCGCCACCCCGCUCCUGCGGCCGCCGCCGACGAUGACAGUCGUCAGGGCAGGCUCCACGGAGCUGGCGGGGACGGCGGCCACGCCCGCGGCGUCCGAGGCACUCGGCGCGCUGCGGCUCUCGAAGAAGCCCCCGCUGCUCCCGGGGAGCAGUUGGCGACCGCCGAGGCGCUCCAGCACCACGGCGACCACCGAGGCGCCGUCGGAGCCCGAGUGCGACCAGUCCAAGCCCGACGGAGACGGCGACGUUGGGCUCGACGAGCCCGAGGGCGGCGACGCCCAGGCAGAGGCAAAGCCGGCGAAGGGGCCCAGCUUUGCGAUCACCCAUAACCGGCUCAUCUUCCACGCGCAGAUGCUCUCGGCCGCGGGCUCCGCCGCCAUCAGCGGACACUGUGAGGGCCACCUGGCGAGCUUGCGCUGCCGGGCUCCAAAGACCCAUCGCUCGCGCGGGUAAUACGUUCUCCGCGGCAAUGGUCCAGGCCUUUCAAAAUUAGGAUAUGUAGAGUAGACGGG